UUGCAACUGUGCCAAGUCCCUUAGCUGGGCUUUUUUAUUUACCUGCAUGGGGGCUAUUCAGCCCGGAGUUUGCCUCUUAGAAAAUCACUUAAAUCUCUGGCUUGAUUUUCUACACAUUCUUUCCCUAGAUUUUUUGCACUUCUAGGGACUGAUUUAAAUAAAAAGGCUGCUGCGAAAAGAAAAUUAAAAAAGGCUGCAGAGCAAAGCAAAGCUUAUUCCUUGCAGGGUGGUAGAAGACUCGUGGAGGAGGGCAAUUUCCCGCCUUCUUAAAUUGUCCUUUGAAAUCACCUAUUUUUGCUCUCCCAUUCCAGAGCUUCAGUGGCUCCUUGACUUCCCCAGUUGUGUCAGAGCAAAUGGAGAAACGUCUGCAGGAGGCUCAGCUCUACAAGGAGCAAGGGAACCAGCGUUACCGGGAAGGGAAGUACCGAGAUGCUGUGAGCAGGUACCACCGAGCUUUGCUUCAGCUCCGGGGUCUAGAUCCGAGUCUGCCUUCCCCGAUCCCUAAUCUAGGACCUCAGGGCCCGACUCUCACGCCUGAACAAGAAAAUAUACUGCACAGCAUCCAGACAGACUGCUACAACAAUCUAGCUGCCUGUCUCCUUCAGAUGGAGCCAGUCAACUACGAGCGCGUGAAGGAGUAUAGCCAGAAAGUCCUGGAGCGGCAGCCUGCGAAUGCCAAGGCCCUCUAUCGAGCUGGAGUGGCCGCUUUCCACCUGCAGGACUAUGACCAAGCUCGCCACUACCUCCAGGCUGCUGACCACAGGCGGCCCAAAGCAGUGUACCUGGCUCUGAGCUCAGGAAUCACCCCUUGUGGGCUGAGGGGACCAUAUGGAAUACUGGAGGAUCAAUUCUGGGUCGACUGUGUGCAAGGAAAACACCCUUCCCGGGGCUGGACAGAUAGCAUGGAGGUAAGGUGUUUGCCUUCCAUACAGAAGAACAGUGGUUCGAAUCCCGGCAUCCCAUAUGGUUCCCUGAGCCUGCCAGGAGCGAUUUCUGAGCAUAGAACCAGGAGUAACCCCUGAGUGCUACCAGGUGUGACCCAAAAACAAAACAAAACAAAGAAAGAAAAUACCCUUCCCACUGUGCUAUUGCUCGGCCCUUUAUUUA